AACGCUUUGAAUUUGAAAUUCUUUACCUCCACCAAGCAAAAGAGUGCAAUAACCGACCUUUGAGGUGCAAAUCGAAACUAUAAUUUUUCGCUGUAUCCAUGGCUGAGGCACCCCCUGACAAUAUAGUAGAAAUAACAUUAGAUCGAGGAGAGCAUGGUCUAGGAUUUAACAUCAGAGGAGGUGUAGACAUUCCAUAUGUACAGGGCGAUUCGGGAAUAUUUGUGACCAAAAUCAGAGAGGAUGGCGCCGCAUUUCAGGAUGGCCGGUUAAGAGAGGGAGACAAAGUUCUUGAAAUUAACGGCCACAGCUUGGAGAGAGUCACACAUAAUGAAGCAGUACAACACUUUGUCAAUGCAGGGGAGACAAUCACUCUGAGGGUUCUGCAGGGAGCAGAGGAGGCAAUAAAUCAGCAGCAGAGGGAGAGUGAGGAGAAUGAACAAGGCGCGUCCCCCGCCGGCUCCCGAUCCUCUGUAUCACGCACUCCUUCUAGCUCCUCCUCCUCCAAUACAGCGCUCUACGGUAGCUUACUAGUUCUUGUGACCGCGGCAACAGCCGCCGCCGCUUUCUAUUACUUUAGGUACAGAAAAUGAACAAUAUGUAGUCCAAUAAGUAACAUUCAAUUGUUUUAAUGCACACUGUGAGGGAUCAUCCAUCAUUAGUUAUUUAAUUCAUCUGUACAAAAUUUUGAUCAGUAGCAGUUUAGACCUAUUCAGAGCUUCGGUAUGAUAAUGUGAUAGUUAUAAAUAUACUGCAAUGUGUUUAUUUCUUGUGUCUUGCAAAAUGCAAGAUUUUUGUUUCUUUUUAAUAAAUGUUUUGCUCUAUUGAA